UCCAGGCAGCUGGGGUCGCCUGGGGCAGAGUGAACGAGGACGCGCCACCUGCCCUGCUGGCUGCUGCUUUUUAUUUACUAGCAAACACUGUUACCCCGCGGGAGAGUCGGGGACCGCGCGGGCACACACACACACACACACACACACACACACUGAAAAACGCGCGCGCGGGCGCGCACACACACACACAUACACACACAGACAUACAUGCUACCGAUCUUGUCUUCACAACCGCAUCCCCAAACCGACAGUGCGAAGCUUACUGCGGUUUCUCUUAACCUCAGCAUCGUGGGGAGAAGCAGAGCCGUUGUGCAUCAGGGAGCGCCCGGUGCCUGCGCUGCCGCCUCGGGUACAUACAUAACCCAGCAGACCGCUCACCCCAUCGGCUGGAAUGCUUUCAAACUGCUAAGGCUGAGAUCCUGAGGAACCCAGCUGGAGAAUGCCGUCUGAACGCUGCCUGAGUAUUCAAGAAAUGCUGACAGGCCAGAGGCUCUGCCACUCGGAAUCUCACAACGAUAGUGUCUUGGCAGCGCUGAAUCAGCAGAGAAGUGACGGCAUCCUCUGUGAUAUCACCCUGAUUGCCGAGGAACAGAAAUUCCAUGCUCACAAGGCAGUCCUGGCAGCAUGCAGCGACUAUUUCCGGAUUUUGUUGGAGCCAGGUGUGAUCCAGGAUGUGCUAGCUGCUGGCAGUCACCUACAGCUGUUGGAGCUUCUCAAUUUAUGUUCCCACUAUCUCAUCCAGGAAUUAAAUAGCUUUAAUUACUUGGAUCUGUACAGACUUGCUGACCUCUUUAACCUCACUUUGCUGGAGAAGGCAGUGAUCGAUUUCUUAGUGAAACAUCUCUCUGAGCUCCUGAAGAGUCGCCCAGAAGACGUUCUAACGCUUCCUUAUUGUCUGCUCCAGGAGGUUCUGAAGAGCGACCGCCUGACCUCCCUGAGUGAAGAGCAGAUCUGGCAGCUAGCCGUGAGGUGGUUGGAACACAACUGCCAUUACCAGUACAUGGAUGAGCUCCUGCAGUAUAUCCGCUUUGGCCUGAUGGAUGUGGAUACUCUGCAUACAGUUGCCCUGUCCCACCCCCUCGUCCAGGCAAGUGAAACUGCAACCGCUCUUGUCAAUGAGGCCCUGGAAUACCACCAGAGCAUCUAUGCACAGCCCGUUUGGCAAACUCGCAGGACCAAACCGCGGUUCCAGUCAGACACUCUGUAUAUCAUUGGCGGGAAAAAGCGUGAGGUCUGUAAAGUCAAGGAACUUCGGUACUUCAAUCCCGUUGACCAGGAGAAUGCUCUCAUAGCUGCCAUUGCCAACUGGAGUGAGCUGGCUCCCAUGCCCGUGGGAAGGAGCCACCAUUGUGUGGCAGUCAUGGGGGACUUUCUGUUUGUAGCGGGCGGAGAAGUUGAGCAUGCUAGUGGCCGGACGUGUGCCGUGAGGACUGCCUGUCGCUAUGACCCCCGUAGUAAUUCCUGGGCCGAGAUAGCACCCAUGAAAAACUGCCGGGAGCAUUUUGUGCUGGGUGCCAUGGAUGAAUACCUCUAUGCGGCUGGGGGUAGAAAUGAACUGCGCCAGGUUCUGCCUACAGUUGAGCGAUAUUGCCCCAAGAAGAACAAAUGGACUUUUGUGCAGUCCUUUGACCGAUCCCUUUCAUGUCAUGCUGGAUAUGUGGCUGAUGGUCUUCUUUGGAUAUCAGGUGGAGUAACUAACACAGCACAAUAUCAGAACAGACUAAUGGUAUAUGAACCUAACCAGAAUAAAUGGAUAAGCCGCAGUCCCAUGCUGCAGAGAAGGGUCUACCAUUCCAUGGCUGCUGUUCAAAGAAAGCUUUAUGUUCUUGGAGGGAACGACUUGGACUACAAUAACGACCGGAUCCUUGUGCGCCAUAUAGAUUCUUAUAACAUAGACACAGACCAGUGGACGCGUUGUAAUUUCAGCCUGUUGACUGGCCAAAAUGAAUCUGGAGUUGCUGUCCAUAAUGAGAGAAUAUAUUUAGUUGGUGGAUAUUCGAUUUGGACAAAUGAGCCUCUGGCUUGUAUCCAGGUAGUGGAUGUAAGUAGAGAAGGCAAAGAAGAAGUAUUCUAUGGGCCUACACUCCCUUUUGCUUCCAAUGGAAUAGCUGCAUGCUUCCUUCCAGCUCCCUAUUUCACAUGCCCUAACCUUCAGACUCUUCAAGUGCCUCAUCACAGAAUCGGGACCAUCUGAAAGGCAAUACUUUGUUAAUAACUAUCAUGAACAGAAGGGAAAGAAAAGCUUCACUUUUGGAUACUGGGCAUGAAAAGACUCAGUGCUCAAUGCUUCCUUGUUGUGUAUGUCUUAUAUUCAGAUAAACAUUAGCAAAAAAAUGAACAGUUUUCUAAAAUACAUUACUGAAAACUCCUGUCACCCUUCUCUUUGUGUGUCAAUAUACAAUAUACAGGACUUUUACUGUCGUGUAGCUUAGUACCAACUUAAUGGUCCAUAAUUGUUCCACAAUUGUUUAAGAGUCUUCUUGUAUACUUUUUCUAAAUCAGUGCUGUCUAGGAAAACAGGACAAUGUUAGUAAGGAAUUUAUUUCACAAGUACUGUCGUCAAUGGUCUUUAAAAAAAAUAUUCAGUAGUUAAUUCCCUUACUACUUAAACCUGGGUUUGUAAUUUUUCUUUUAAAAAUUUAACAUGCAGCCCCACUCGGUAUAGACUCAGCAUUAUGACAUUAUAAAAUUUUAAAUGCCAUAUUUUAUUCAAGGUAAUACGAAUAAUAGAAGUACAGCAGAAGAGCAGUUAGAAUACCCAUAUUUUUUGGCUUGGUUAAUCUGUGACCUGCUAGGUGCUUACCUUUCAGUACUUGUUUUACCACUAAUUUUUAAGGAGGAUAAUUAUUGAUUUCCAUAUUAAUUCAGAAGAAUUUUGUGAAGAUUAGGCAAAUGCUAAGUACUUAAGAAGAAAAAAGUUAUUCAAAUUACAAGGUAUUUUACUGUGUUUAGAACCUUGUUAACUGAAAGGGGAGGUUAUUUUUGAAAUUAAAUAAUUACUAAAUAGAACUUGAAACACAUACUAUGGGAUAAAUGAUUCUGAAAAGCAUGUGAAAGAUAUGCUAAUUAGGAAAAGGGGAGUUUACCAAAGCCAAAGAUUCCCAAGUCUGUACAAAUUCUUGCUUCAAAUAAUAAUUUAAACCUCUCAUUUAAACUCAUUUAGUGAAAAAUGACAUUUAAGCUCAAGAAAAAUUAGUGGUACUAAUUUUGGCACCAUAAAGUGCUCUGACAUAAAUCUGAACCUAGACUUAGUAAUUCUAAUAAAAGUUUUUUCCACUUUGUUAAAGGUUAUGUCAAUCUUGAGCACUUGUGGGAUUCUUUUCCACCACCGAUACAUAUUUUAUUACUACAAACUUUUAAUAAUGCAUAAGAAUUCUUAUUUAGGUGAGGUUUUUGGAUUUGCUUUGUCUAUAACAAAAAAUAUAUAUAAAAUAAAACUCAAUCACAUUUGAACAUAAAUUCAAGAAGUAUAACAUGAGUUUUUCCCUUUUCUGAAUCUUGUUAGAAUCUAAGUCACCUUUACUAAAAGGGAGACUAUACACUUUUUUUCCUUCAGCAUAGUUUAAGUAUUCAGCAAUCUUUCUUUAUCUUAUAGGAAACUCUCAUUUUAUUCAUGGAACCACUUUCAGUAAUCAGAAGUGAAUAAAAACAUAAACCCUUUUUAAUCCUAAAUACAAAAUUCACUAAUGUUAUACAUUGUUAUACCUAAAAAUUUUAAUUUCCAAAUAAUAAAUAAUCUGGUUAUUCAGAUUAAAGAACAGGAGGAGAGACUGGGGUAAGGAAAAAAAUAAAAAACCUCCCAGAGAUUUAGCCAAAAAAAUUUUAAUUUUACAGUUCUGAAAAGUGCAAAUUGAUACUGAUCAUUGAUACCAAAGAGUCUCUUUAAAGGGUAUAAAUCAUGUAAACUAAACAUUUUAAAUGCCUUACCAAGUCAGGAAAAUGACUUCCAGUAUUUGAGAUAGCCUUCAACAAGAACCUGAGCAAGAAGUAUUUCAGAUUUACUAAAAUUUCUACUUGACAAAUGAAUUUACUUCCAGUUGUUUCUACCUUAUAAAAACCAUUACACUUGUAAUCCCAGAUCCUAUAUCCAAUGAAUGAAAGGGAAAUGGUCUAAAAAUAAGCUUGCCUGACUGAUAAUGAAAAGGCAGCCUGAGAUUACUGUUAUUUUCUAUAUAGAUUUCUAAGUAUUCAUUUAAAACAGAUUGGCAUAUUAGCAAACCCCUUCUUGGUGAUAUUUAAUGUGUUAUUCACUAAUUACAGAACUGAACUCAGAAAAUUUUAAAAGUUUUGCAUAGCUUUUGAAAACCUCUUUUAUGCUGUAGCCAGAGAACAGAAUCCAAAGUGCAACAUUCCAAGGAAAAAUAAAAUGCAGAACACUUAUGAUUAGAUCAUUUUCCUCAAGUUACUAAUAAGAGCUAAUAAACAUUCUAGAAAGGUAUGUUUGGUCAUAUAAACCAAAUUCCACUGAAACUAUUCAAAUAUAUAUUUUCCAUUUAAGUGGGCUAUCCUAUAGUAAUUCAUCUUCCAUUUUUACUCUUUAAAAUUAUAGACCGUAUCUAAUUUGAAUUUCUGUUGGAAGAUCAUGAAACUUCUAACACCUUAAACAGCACUUCAAGAGUUGAGUUUGUAAGAGAAGACACAGCACCACAUAGAUAACAGCAGAAUAUUCCUUAGUGUAGGAGGAAAAGCCAGCAAAGACCUUAUUCUCGAAAACAAUGUCUUUGUAAAGUGAAAUGAGAUUCCUUAGAUUCUUCAUAACAAAAUACCUAUUAGGUUACGAUUAGGACAUUUUUCCUGCUUUUUUGCCUCCUAUUUUCCUCACAGUUUAAUCACAUGUAUAUUGUAUCCCUUUCAGCUAUUGUAAUAACUGGAAAACUCACUCUCUAUUGUUUUACCCCAGAGUAUAAAAACAGGAAUAAGAUAGAACUAUUCCUCCAGGUAACACGGUUCACUUUUAUUUUGGUUUUCAAAUAGUCAAUCUGUCAUAAAGGAAGUGGAAUAAUCAUGGAUGCAGUGUAAAUUAUAUACAUUAAAAAGUUAUAUAUUAUUAUAGGCAUAAUUAUAAACAUGAAUAUAUAACGCCCAGAAUUUUUCUGAAAGCACAAUUCACAAAUGCAAUAAGUUGGAUAACUAUUAGCACACUAAAAACUUUAAUAAGCAUAUUCAGUUCUAAUCAUGAGGUACUUUGGUAACCUUAGCAAUAUAAUUAUCACAGAAUCAAAAUACAAAUUUUAUUAAAUAUGUGAAGGAUAUGCUAACUUUGCUAGCUUCCCAAACCAACUGUUUCAAGCAAACAAAACAUGGUAUUUAUAUUGGCAUACUAUACACUUGACUGACAAGGUAGUAUUUUUAACCCUAGAAGGAGUAGGCAGGAGAUCAGUUUUUGGAAAAUGUAAGGUUUACAAAAAGUCUAUAGGAUUUAGGGAAGACAGGUUUCCUAGAGGCUUUUCCCAAUUGCAGAAGCUUGUCAAAUUUUUAUAUAACAGAUAAUCUUAACAAAGGGGAAGUAAAAAUAACUGUCAAAGGUUCUGUUAAAGUACAUGUAAUUCUUUAAGGAGAAAGUACUUUUAAAUAAAAAUUUGUGAUGAAGCAUGGAAGAAGAUAAUGGGUAAAGAACACAUACAAUCUACAGAUACAUAUUUUUAUAUAUAUAUAGAUGCCCAGGUAGUAAAAGUCAAAUAUGCUUAAGAAAAAAUAUGCUAGGUUUAGAUAAAGAUAUAAAAGUUUUAAAGUAUGAAACUCUUCUAAUGCAAAUGGAUUCAAUACUGGAUGAUUUUUGUACAGAGAUCAUAUUCCAUGUUUUUUACUUCCCCAUGAAAACCUAAUUAAAUGUUCAAUUAAAAUUUAAAUCAUAACCAAAUCUGAAUGUCUAAUAAAGUCCUUCUAUCACCCUGUUGUCCUUCAAUCAACUCUUUUACAUUCCAUCUGUAUAUUUUACAGAAAUUAUUUGACUGGAAUACUCAUGUAUCUAAAAUAUAUUUUAAGUAUCUUCCUAUUUCAGUGUGUUAAGGUUAGGUUUCUAGAGAAAGGGUGGUAUUUUAGGCUGGCAAACAAUGAGGCUUAGAGCAUAGAAUGAACAUGGCAUUCAGAUAUUCGAAGGCAGCUAGUCUCCUGCUUAAGUUUGCACAGAAAAGGUAGAGUCAGAUGGCAGAAAGUCUCCUGACUGAAGUGGAUGUCCUUGAGUAGAAAAGUAAGAAGAGGAAAGUAAUAUUUUAGGAACAUUAAUGUCACAACUGUGUGAGGUUAAAUUGCAGGAAAGGAGAUCAGAGAUAAGAGAGAUUGACAGCACCCAAUAGAAAAGAUGGUUGGGAUGCACGGGAUGGCAAAAAGAAAAGCAAGAAGCCCAUACUGGUGAUCAACUGAAAGUGGGGAACAAGUAAGAAUCGAAGUUGCUUCUGCAGUUUCAAGGCUAACUGACUUGGGAAAAUAGUGUCUUCCCUGGGUAGAAAAGAAAGGCAGGAGCUAGUUUAAAAUAGGCGACAAGUGCAGCUCGACAUGUUGCCUUGAGAUUUCAGGAGGAUCCAACUAGAGGGGUUAAGAGAGAAAUUAGCACUAGAAAUAGAUUUUAGAGAUAAAAUUAUGACCUACUGUUAUCAAUUCACUACUAGAAGACAGAGUGAGUGAAGGGCCAGAUCUUACCACUGGGGACAAGAAAGAACGCGAAGGUGCUUUCAAAGUACAGUAUGUAGGAAGGAGCAGUAUCAUCGAGGAAGGGCUGAGAAGAUAAAGCAAAAUGCAAAUGUCAGACCAAAGAACAGAACAAACGAGAACGUAGUCUGAGAUUUCAGCAAAAGAGAAUGGCUGACAUUACAGUGGGAGAAGCAGGGGCCCUAGAGAUGACAGGUUAUUUAGGGGAAUAAGUGAUGGGUCAUGAAGAUUUUCCAGGAAAUGAACUGAGUUAAUUUUUUUUCUUCAAUUAAAAAAACAGCAUCUUUAAAAUUUUACUUAUAUAUAAACACAUGUAUAUAUACAUAAGUAUUGUCACAGAUUUUUUUUGUUGUUACUGAUUUUUAAAGUACAAACUGCUUAUUCUUAGCAUCUACACAUAUAUAUCCCAAUGCAUGAUUCAGAAGCAACGUUUCUCAGCCUUAAACACUUCAUACUCUAAGGAGUGAGAGUCUCAAAGAUAAUUUUAUCAGUCCCACUUAGAAAAUAAAAAAACUAUAUAUACACAUAUAUACACAUAAAUAACUCCUUUAAAAGCAUUACCUUAAACAGAUCAAACUUCAUUUGCUGAAACUUGCAAAGAGAUUUAAGUUUAAUCAGUCACUAUCAUAAUGAAAAGAAGCUCAGUUCUAUGAAGUCUGUUACGUAACCUUAAAGAGGCUUUUAUUCAUUCUAUUUGAUGACAUAAUGACAGUUGACCUGGAGGUGGAAGGGACAGACUAUCUGUAUGUCAUGAAAACAACAGAUACUUCUUUAGAAUUCACAGAUAAAAGUUAGGAGAGGACUAUUAACUAGAGUUUACUGAUUGUAAUAUAUUUCAUUUUGAAAGAUACUUCUUGAGUCAGAAAAGGAAGGAACCAGAAGAAGCAUGAUAAACACUAGAGUCCCAAGAAGAAAAGAGAUAUUUCAAAGUUAACAAACAUGACAUGUAAGAAACAAUUUGAAAAAAAGGUGAAUCUUCAUCUAGGACAUAGUAGAGACAGAGGAACAACAUUGAGAGGUGUUCUUUACGUUUGUGCAUGAAUAAUUAGUAAUCAUGUCUGUAUGCCUCAAAUAGAACACAUGUCACUAAUAUAUUUUCACAUACAUUAUUCUACUGAUUCUUACCAGAACACUGUGAAAUAGAAAAAGGAAUAUUCUUUUUUCUCCAUGGAGAAACUGAGGCUCAACAAGGUUAAGUAACUUGCUGAAGUUUACAAAGCAGAGCUGCAUUUGAGACCUACAUGGGUUCCCAACACUAGGACUGGAGUUCUUUUACCAAAUAAUGCUCACCACAAAAAGGAGUCAAGGACGAGAGCCUAACUGGUAAAAUAAAAAUCUGGAUGAACUACUUAAAGAGUUGAGACACAAGAGCUGCUAAAGGAACUAAACUGGUUCCUUGUAAACAUAUAAGAUGCUAAAUUAUAAGAGGCUCUAACUGAAGAGCAAGGAGAUAAGUCAGCUGACUUCUCAGUCCUCUUCUGUUAAUUUGUAAUCCUAAGAUAUUUCAGAAUAUUAUUUGUCUUUUCUUAAAAGCUCUUACUUAUCCCCCUCCUGAUAUGUCUUUUCAUAAACUUCCAAAAAGGAUGACUAGAGAAAAAAAAAAAA